UGUGUUCUAGGUACAUUGAUUGAUGCAUAUUAUCGCGGUUAUGACAUUGUCCUCGUGCAAGACGCAACGGCGACGACUUCGCCGGAAGGAGGAUUUGAGAACGUUUGUUACAACGCUGGGAAUAGCUAUGGAUUCAUCACAGAUAGUAAACGUGUUGCCGAAGCUGCCCUGAGGAACUAA